CGCUGAAACAGCAGCUAGAAAAGCCCAUAAGCCGAGAAUCCCUUUAAGAAUGCGCUCCUUUGCUGUUGUGAUUUUGGCCUUGGCCUCCGUGGGUCUGGUAACCCCCCUGAGUAACACCUACUUGCCACCGAAGGUGGGUGUCCAGAGUGGAUAUAGUGCGGCGGCUUCGAGUUCCUCGGGAUCUUAUGCAGCUCCGGCGGCCACUUACGCCCGAAGGGUUCAACCCGUGGCGGCUCCUUCCAGGCAGUACUUGGCUCCAGCUGCCAGCCAGAGUAGCUACAGCUCGGGAGGUUCCUCCCACUCGGGAUCAGCUGCAUCCCAUGGAUCUUAUGCAGCUCCUUCUGUAUCUCAUGGAUCUUACGCUGCUCCAUCUGUAUCUCAUGGAUCUUACGCUGCUCCAUCGGUUUCCCAAGGAUCGUACUCCGCUGGAUCUGUUUCCCACGGAUCUUACUCCGCUCCUGCUGCAUCCCAUGGAUCGUACUCCUCGGGAUCCUACUCAGCUCCUGCUGCAUCCCAUGGAUCCUACUCCGCUGCCUCGCACACCAGCUACUCUGCUCCUGUGGCCGCUCCCUCCAGGAAGUACUUAGCUCCCGCUGCCGUUUCCCAUAGCAGUUACUCCGCUCCCGUGGUUUCCCACAAGAGCUACUCCGCACCCGCAGUUUCCCAUGGAUCGUACUCCUCUGGCGGAGCUUCUCGUGGUUCCUACUCCGCUCCUGCUGCUUCUUACACCCAUACCAGUUACUCCGCUCCUGUGGCAGCUCCUUCCCGGCAAUAUCUGGCUCCAGCUGCUUCGCAGUCAAGCUACAGCUCCGUUGGAUCAUCCUACUCCGCUCCAGCUGUGUCCCAUGGAUCCUACGCCGCUCCAGUGGCUUCCUACUCGGCUCCGGUGGCUUCCAGGAAGACCUAUGCCGCCCCAGCUGUCUCCCAUGUGAGUUACUCGGGCUCCAGCCAGGGAUCCAGCCAGGGUUACGCAGGAGCUAGCCACGGAUCUGGCUAUGGUGGAUAUGGAUCUGCUUCUUCUUCCGCCUCUGGAUCCAGUUACAGUCACGGUUCUGUUCAAGGAUCGGGUCUGCGAUCUGGCUACGGAUCGGGACAUAAAUCCGGUUCCUACGCUUCGAACGGCGGCUACGAAUACCGCCUGAAGCAUUAAAAGGAUCUCAACAACAAACAUAUCAA